UGUUAAGCUCCAUGGCGAAUUGGCGUAGCUUUUUCUGUUAGGAUAUAACGUAUAUAUACUGACCGCUCUGCAAACUCUUAUUAGCUUGCAGCAAAUUUAAAAAUGAAGUGUUUGGGUCUGCUUUUCUUGGCAGUGUCAGUGGCCGGCCGCUUUACGGAUGACUUGUACAAACUUUUGGGCAAAGAAAAUGGAGACAAGAAUCUUAUAUGCUCCCCCCUUUCCGUCGAAAUCGCCAUGAGCAUGGUCUACAUGGCAGCUGAGGGAAAUACAGCCGCAGAACUGAGGAAAGUCCUGAAACUGCCCGCCGAUAAGAAGGAAGUGUCCAAAAAAUACAAGGAGCUUUUGACAGGUCUCGAAGGGCGUGAAAAGGUGGCCAUCCUUGAUUUGGCUAACCGCUUGUACGUCAACAAUAAGUUCCAGCUGGUUCCGGAGUACAAUCAGGUGGUCAGGGACUCCUUUAAGGCCGAAGCGGAGGCUAUAAGCAUGGCAAAUCCAGGCAAUGCAGCUUCCAUUAUCAACAAGUGGGUCAACGAUCAGACGAGUGGCAGGAUAAAAAAUAUAAUCUCAUCCACUGAUAUAAACUCGGAUCUCGUAGUUGUACUCCUGAAUGCUAUUUACUUUAAGGGCCAGUGGAAGUACAACUUCGACCCAAAAUUUACACGGAAAGCCGAUUUCCAAGUUACAAAAACAAAUCGCCUUCCUGUCGAGAUGAUGUCACAAACUGACUCAUUUAGGGCGGCAAAUUUGAAAUCUUUAGAUGCCAAAGUGAUUGAGCUUCCUUACCGGAAUUCAAGCCUAUCUAUGCUUAUAUUUUUACCCAACAAAGUCGAUGGUCUGCAGGAAUUGGAGAGCAAAAUCGCCGGCUUUUCCGGGCCCUUAAAAGAAUUGAGAGUGAGAUUGAAGCUGCCCAAGUUCAAAAUCGAAUUUUCUGCAGACCUAAUCAAAUUUCUUGAAAAGAUGGGCAUACGAGAGGCAUUCAGCAACUCAGCAAAAUUAAGCGGCCUGGUAUCAAAACCAGCGGUUAAGAUCGGUAAAGCUUUUCAAAAGGCCUUCAUAGAGGUCAAUGAAGAUGGUGCGGAGGCAGCGGCAGUAACAAUGGUUCAAAUUGUACCGGUAUCUGCAGUUCCGUUGCCUGACAUGGAGUUUAUUGCCGAUCAUCCGUUUGCCUACGUCAUUCGAGAUGAAAACACCAUUUACUUUCAGGGACACUUUGUAAAGCCAGGGAUGUGAAAUAUGUGAAAAGUAUAAAAUUCCUAAACCGCUUUAAGUUCUUGAGCUUAGCAUUUCAUAUAACAGUUAAAAACUGGCAAAAAAGGAGACCAUUUUCAUCAUACACAACUAAAUACAAUUCCAUUCAUUCAUAAUUCCUUAUGUAGGUACAUACUUGACAUCCCUAGCUAACUCCUCUGAUAAAAGAGCAUCAUCAUUUACCUGUUUGGGAUAAAAAUGAAGCAAGAGCCAGAAGAGCGACCUGGCUCAAGUCUCCUCUUCAGUCUGCACCAAAUCGCGAUCGCGAGAGGAACGAAAAGCGGUGAAAUAAAUGCAUAUUCUGUGCAUCAAAAAUCUUUCGUCUUUUGAUACAAAUUUGUAAUUAAAAUUUUUAAAUUGAACAGUCUACAACUACUAAGCAAUUUGUGAAAAUAAAUUCCAUUUAAUCUGGUUGUAA